AUAUUCUGUUGUGAACUCGCAGUGCUAGUUCUGGAUGUUUCGCUUAACAAAGACCGGAUGAAACUGGUUUUUAUUAGCUGUGGUUUUACUGUCACUAAAAUCUGAAGAUGAAAAGUACCAAGAGCAAAAAAUGUACAUCUGCACCGUCAGAGGAUUGUGGAGUUUGGCUGGACGCUUCUGAACGAAGAGCAAAACAACAACAGAAACAGGUACGACCAAUUUCCAAACUGCUGAAUCCACUGGCUCGGGCAGGAGGUUACAGCACUGCAGUGGCACUGAAUUUUACCCAGACUAAGAUGCAAAUGCCAGUGACCAGGCAGAGUACAAUCUCAUCAUUCUUUCUACCACGAAGUAAAACAAACGAAGACCCAGAUGACUUCAGCUCUUCUGGUCCUUCAUGGAUGUCCUCUACUCCACUACCACAAGCUCUUACUGGAACUAAACGGAAGCGUGAGAAGUUGUUCGAAUUGUCUUCAGAAUCGGACAACUUUAUUCUUAAUAAAGCUGAAAUACAGCCAAUGGAUUUUAAUGCAGAAUCAGAGAGCAAGUCUGAAAGAAUCUGUAAAGAUCCUAGAAAGGAGCAGCAGUUUUUUCAUUUGAUUUGGGGGUAUCAGUCAGAUGAGCCAGCAGAAAAGAGAAGACCUGAAAACACGAAGAUUGAAAAUAUAACAGACACACAACAGGAGGGCAACGAAACUAUUUUCCAUGGUUUCAAAGAUUCAGAUGAGCUUGAAAAUACUCAUGAAACAAUGCUCCAUAAGGAACAGACCCAGGAGAACAUGGAAGAUUCUCCAGCGCCUCUCACUGAACGGGACUAUCGCAAUAAAGUGCCCUUAAAGGACAGAAAUGUAAUGGCAAAGAAAAUUUCAACAAGAUCAGACAUAGCAAGCCAAGAACGAAGGAAAAAUCCCUUCAGGUUCCAAGAGGACUCAGAGCUGGCUGAGCAAUUCCAUCAAGCAUCUGUAAUGAUAAAGGAUAAAGAAAACAUCAGACCCAACAAUACUGAGUUUUCACCUGUUAAACAACACCUAACUCUAUCCAACAGCCCAGCAAAGCUGAAUGUGCAUAUAAAAGGGAAGUCUUGUCGAACCCCUACAAAGUCAAUCAGGUAUUCUGUGGAGAGUGAGGAAGACUCCAUGGCCAUGUUGUUCACUCAAGACUCUGAGGGCUUCCGGGUCAUCGCCAAUCGCAGCCAGUGGUCCAGACGCCCACUGAAAGACCAGACUAACUCACUUUUGGGCAGAGAUUGUUUUAACAUUUCAGCUGUAAAUUCACUGGAAAGUGAGAACUCUGUAGAGCCGGAGAUGCUUUUCACACAAGACUCUCAGGGAAACAUGGUCAUUAAACACUAAAUGUUUUUAUUAUUACUAGAUGGUUGUAGAUACAGUCAGCUGUAGAAUUGUUGGUACACUUGGUGAAGGUGGGUCA